AUGUCAAUUUCAAGUGACCCAAAAUUAGAAGAUAAACGAGCAAAGCUCGGCAUACUUUCAAAACCCAUAGUACCAAACAACAAAAUCGAUGAGCUCUAUGAUGACGAGGAACAAGAAGACGCGGUAUAUGAGACGGGAAUAGAUAGAAUAAAGAGAAACAUGAGAGAACAACCUUUAGUCCCUGCCGGAAUGUUUCUUACCACUUUUGCUCUUGUUGCGGCUACCAUCGGAAUGCAUCGUGGAAACGCGCGCAUGUUUCAGCAAAUGCUUCGUUUGCGUGUAGCCGCGCAAGGCUUUACUGUGGUAGCAGUAGCAGUUGGCGGUAUAGCAUAUCGUCAACAACUUACAAAGUCUAAUGAAAAUCUUGAGGCAAAAAAUUCGAUACCUAAUUCAUAG